AUGGCUGCAGGCGCUGCUGUCGCGGUGGGGGCUGCUGACAGCUACACCGAGGCCAUCACGGACCUGGGCAACCCCGCCUCCUUCUUCCCCACUGCACGCGCGCUGGAGCGCACGGUGGUGGCGCACCUGGGGCCCACCAACAGCGGCAAGACACACGCAGCUCUGCAGGAGCUGCGGCGCGCGGCCAGCGGCAUCUACUGCGGCCCGCUGCGCCUGCUGGCCUGGCAGGUGCACGACCAGCUCUCCAGCAGCGGCCUGCCCUGCAACCUGGUGACGGGUCAGGAGCGGCGGGACGAGGGCGCCGCGCACACUGCCUGCACCACCGAAAUGGCGUCCACUCGCAGCGUGGUUGAGGUGGCGGUUCUGGAUGAGAUCCAAAUGAUAGCAGACGAGUCUCGGGGCUGGGCUUUCACACGGGCGCUGCUGGGCGUGCCCGCCAGGACGCUGCACGUGUGCGGCGACCCGGCAGCGCUGCCGCUGCUGGAGCAGAUCGUGGCUGAGACAGGCGACCGGCUGGAGGUGCGGCGCUAUGAGCGGCUGUCGCCGCUGGUGGCCGCCCGCCGCCCGCUGGCCUCUUUGUCCCAGGUGCAGCGCGGCGACUGCGUGGUGGCGUUCAGCCGCCGCGACGUGCACGCUUUGAGACAGGAGAUUGAGGGGUACGGCCAGCACCGCUGCUGCGUGGUGUACGGGGCGCUGCCGCCCGAUGCCAGGCAGCUGCAGGCCUCACUGUUCAACACACCCAGGACUGGCUUCAAUGUCCUGGCAGCCUCUGACGCGGUGGGCAUGGGCCUGAACCUGGCCAUCCGCCGCAUCAUCUUCACCUCCCUCUCCAAGUACGACGGCACCGCCGAGCGGGCGUUGACGACCGCCGAGAUCAAGCAGGUGGCGGGGCGGGCGGGGCGCUACGGCUCGCGCUUCCCAGACGGCAUCGCCACCGCCACCACGCCCGAGGACUUGGAGCGCCUGGCCGCUGCGCUGCAGCAGCCCAGCGAGGAGCUGGCCAGCGCCUACCUGCUGCCCUCGCUCGCGCAGCUGGAGAUGCUGCAUGGGCAGCACCCAGCGGACAAGCUGCCUGCCAUCCUGCGGCGGUUUGAGGAGGCGGCGCAGGGCUCGCUGGCGCGCACGCAAUACCGUUAUGCGCGGUACGAGGAGCAGUACACGCUGGCCACCAUGCUGCGCCACCUGCCCCUCAGCCUGCGCGAGGCCUGGGCCUUCAGCAUCUCGCCCGCCGACCCAGACGACGCGCCCGUGGCCUCCGCGCUGCUCACCUUUGCCACCGUGUAUGCGCACCGCGGCCGCGUCUCGCCCGCCGCCAUCCUGCACGGCCCGGUGCACGAGGCGCGCAGCGAGAUGGAGCUGCAGCAGCUGGAGGCCGCCCACCGGGUACAUGACCUCUACAUCUGGCUGGCCUUCCGUUUUGAUGCCUUCACGGGGGUGGAGGAGGUGCAGGAGCGGCGCGCCGCGCUGUCGGCGCUCAUAGAUGCCAGCAUCAGAAGCAUGGGCGCGCAGCGCAGGAGCAGGAGGCAGCUGGAGGCAUCUGCGGAGGAGGCGAUGCUGGUUGAGAGGCGGCUGCAGGAGCAGUGGGACUGGCAGCAGCGGGGCGAGUGGCUGCAGCGCAAGCAGGGCUACCAGAAGCGGCGGCGGUGA